AUGGGGUCGAAGGUGAAAUGUGGGACUACGGAUGUUGAAACAUUUGUAGCAGACACACUGAAAGGGGAAAAUUUGUCCAAGAAAGCAAAGGAAAAGAGAGAAUCUCUUAUUAAGAAGAUAAAAGAUGUAAAGUCUAUCUAUCUUCCGGAAUUUCAAGACAAAGGCGACGCAGAUGAUGGGGAAGAGUAUGAUGACCCUUUCUCUGGGCCUCCAGACACUAUUUCGUUAGCCUCAGAAAGAUACGAUAAAGACGAUGAGGCCCCCUCUGAUGGAAACCAGUUUCCUCCAGUUGCAGCACAGGACCUUCCUUGUGUUUUUAAGGCUGGCUACCUUGAAAAACGCAGAAAAGAUCACAGCUUUCUGGGAUUUGAAUGGCAGAAGCGGUGGUGUGCUCUCAGUAAAGGAGUGUUCUAUUAUUAUGGAAGUGACAAAGACAAACAGCAGAAAGGCGAAUUUGCAAUAGAAGGCUACGACGUCAGGAUGAAUACCACCCUAAGGAAGGACGCAAAGAAAGAGUGCUGUUUUGAAAUCUGUGCUCCUGAUAAACGUGUCUAUCAGUUCACAGCAGCUUCUCCCAAAGAUGCCGAAGAAUGGGUACAGCAGCUGAAAUUUGUAUUACAAGACAUGGGAUCGGACAUAAUCCCUGAGGAAGAUGCAGAAGGAGGAGAGCUCUAUGACGAUGUCGACCACCCCCUGCCCCCCAGCGGGUCACCAGCCAGCAGCCAGCCCAUCGAUGACGAAAUCUAUGAAGAACUUCCCGAAGAAGAAGAGGACAGUGGCCCCGGGAAAGCGGAGGAGCCGAGGAAGGCGACCCAGGACAGCGGCCAUCACGCCACAGGAGAUAAAAGCACUGAUUACGCUAACUUUUACCAGGGUUUGUGGGACUGCACAGGUGCUCUCUCCGAUGAGCUGUCAUUUAAACGUGGUGAUGUGAUUUACAUUCUUAGCAAGGAAUACAAUAGAUAUGGCUGGUGGGUAGGAGAAAUGAAGGGAGCCAUUGGCUUGGUGCCGAAAGCCUACAUAAUGGAGAUGUAUGAUAUUUGAGAGUCCUGGAAGGAAGCUUCUCCUGCUACUCUGCAAAUGCUCCGGAUUUAGACCCACCGGGAAAGCAUGAGUGACGGCUCCUAACCUUUCUUUGUUUUGUUGAGCAUCGUGUGUCUUGGUUAUUUUACGCAUUCAUAACAUCCCUCUGAUGUGAAACUAAAUGAAGGAUAUUAAUGUAAAUUAGAUACAAGCCGUAAACUUAGACCUGUUGCUGUUUGGCAAAGAAUAAUUGUAGUUUUUACUUACUCAUUUGAUUUGUGUGAAGAAAUCAGCACUAUUUUGUGUGUCCACUGCUGCUUCCGGUCUGAGUUGCAACCUCUCUCAACGCUGGACAUCAGUUAUUUUUUAGACUGUAACAUAUGACUUCAUAGAAAUUGAAACUGAAUAUAUCAUGCAAGUUUUUGGUAGAUGCUAUUUAAAGAAUGAGCCUUUAUUAAAACUUCGUAGAUGAUUUAUGUUACUAUUUAUAUUCCACACAAUAGUAACAUGUUUUCAUGAAGAAUUUUCACUGAUUGGCAAAUUGACUUUAUGUUAAAUAUAGCCCCAAGGAAGCAAAAGGAUUGCAGCUGGCAGUGCGCUGUCACCUUCUGCAACAACGGGCAGACUGGACCCGUGCUCUGUGCCAAGCCCUGUAUCAGCAACAGACCCCCGGUUAGACGGCGGGCCUGCGACACUUUCUACCAUAGUUUUGUUUACAUUUAAUAAAAUAGAAGAUUCAUAGGAAACCCCCCUCUCCACUAAUAUAAGGGGGUGAAGAGCCUCAAUGUGCCCUAGGAAGAAGGUGUAAGCUGGCACCUCCGGUCCUGCCUGAUCGUGGCUGUGACACUGAAGCCCCACCAUAAAACACAAAACACAGCACAGUGCAGCCGCAGGUGCGGGUGUCCUCCACACACCGCAGAGCAGUGGGCAGGACAGGAGGGUCAUCGAGGAGAGGGUAGGAGCCAGCGGCACAGGGCCAACAGGAGCGUGGAAGGCUGCGCCAGCCCGACUCGGGUCGCAGGCUCCGCUGCUCGAGCAGGAUGUGCAGACACGUGUCAUUAGCCUUCCGCGAUGUUUGAAAUCAGAGGCACUCUGAAUGCCUGCCAGGUACAGUGUGGUCUUGGUCUAUGUCAGAGGCCCUGCUGAACACAUCAUUGUUUGGAGCAGAUAUAACCUCCCCCCGUUGAGUCACUGAUUAACACCUACUACCUCUGUUGAACUUCUAAGGUUUCUGCUUUAUGGAGAUAGAGAUUUUGGCCAUGCAAACAAGCUGAUACUGUUUAAAACUCCAUAUUUACAUAAAACUCUUUACAAGCUCUGUGUCAGAGUGUAUACUUACCCAACACCAUGAUCAUGUUAUUUCAGAUGUUAAAAAAUACUAACUUUCGGGAUUGUGGGUUAAAUUAGACACUGUUGAGCUAAAGCUUCCAGAAAUUAACUGAGCUCUCGUUAAUCUUGUCUAAUCGAGAGUCACUGGAAUAGAGUGAAAUCAUCUCGGGAAAAGUAAGACGAGCAGAGAUGAAACCAAGGGACUGUUUUUCAAAACCUGAGAGGUUGAAAAGCGAAAGCAGCGGUGGAUUUCCACCGAAAAUUCGGACUUGCUUGUGGCGUGGACACAGGUUUCGCGCUCCCGGCUUAAGUGAAGAUUUGAGCCCUGGGCCAGUAGGUGGCAGCAGCUUGUCAUGGCACCAAGGCGCCUGGAGGCCCCUCCCCCGCUCGGCCCGCCCCCCAGAAUGUCAAGCGGAGGAACAGUGGCGCCUCCUUUUACAGUUAAUCCAGGAGAGGGAGUCCUUUGCCAACUGAUGACCAGCAAUCCCAAGCCAGACAGUCUCCCUGAACGGUGGCCAUACAGAAACCAAGUGCUACUUCUGUCCAGAGCUCCUCUGGCCUUUGUUCUUCGUUAACUUGAAUCUAGGUGGGAAACAGGAAAGAAAACAAAAGAUUUAGAAUUGGAGUGACAGGAAAAAUAAUCAUUACUUUCAACUCAUGACAACUUUGCAUGCAUUUGGUGACUUAUCUGUAUACUACCAGGGAGAAAGUUUUCUUUACACCCUUGACAAUAUAUCACACACUCUUCAAAUCAUAAUAAUAUAAUUAAUGUGAAUUUAAACAACAUGGCUUGUUAGGAAACAUGCUAAUUGCUAUGUUCUCAUUAUGUUUGCUUAGCUUUUAUUUGUUUUUCUAUGAACAGUUAGAGAGCUAAUUUUUUUCAAAGGUGAUUGUAAGUCAUAUUUUAUAUAGCAUUUUGCUUGAUUAUUUGCUCUGUACUGGAUUUGUACUCUAUUGCCAUUAGAUCUUACAAUAAUGUUCCACUCUGCAAAUUUUUAAGGUUCAAAUAAAGUUUAAUUGUUUGCAAACUGU